AUGACCACUCCUCCUCACACUUCCAGCAGUGCAGAGCCUCGUCGGCGUGUACGGCGCUGGCAUCAACGGGGAUUCACCGGUUGUUCUACCUGCCGUCGACGGCAUGUCCGCUGCGACGAAGCAUCUCCCCGGUGUCAGAAUUGCUUUCGUCUGGGCCUCGAGUGUGAUGGUUCCCAAGGCCGAAUGACCUUUAAAGUCUACAAUCCUGCCUCGAAUCAGCAGAAUCAAGCAAGCACCACCACGCCAGAAAGCUCCGAGUCAGAACCCACGCAGCAGAGGAGAACAGUGAGCCCAGAGACAGACAAAACAGACAGCACCAGCAUCGCAAGUCCACUUAGCAGUCUUGAGAUGUUUCUGGCUUUGACUUCUCCUCAGCCACAGAACGGCCGGCAACUACCACCACCACCACCACCACCACCACCACCACGACGCAUCACCGGUGAUCUCCCUUCGUCUCCCACGUUAGAGUUGGAUGCUGGUACAACACCAUUGCUUAAUGUCGAGGAGGAGGGCUAUAUUCUAGCACAUUUCGUCAAUCACGUCUCCAUCCUGCUGAUUGCACAUCAUGGCCCCGUCUACGCCAUCAACAAGAGCAACAAGAACAAUACCAAAAACCCCUUUCAAUGUGACUUUCCUCUUCUCGCGCAGUCAUCGCCUGCCAUGCUCGGGGCUAUGCAGGCCCUAGGCGCACUGCAUCUUGCAAACACAGCAGCUUCAGGCACCCAGGAUACCAGGCAUUUCCAGUAUGCCAUGGCCAAAUACAGCGACGUGGUCAAGUUAUUCCGCCUAAAGUCCCACCAGACCGGCCAGAGGACCUUAUUAGCAGACCUGGCGACCUGUCUGCUCUUAUGUUAUUUCGAGAUGAUGGAUUCACAACACCCCAACUGGCUGGUCCAUCUCAAGGGCGCCAAAGAGAUAUACCGAAUCAUGUUCCAUCCAACCCCCGCAGAGCAGGCAGACCGCGUGGGAGAAGGCGAGCGCCAGGCCGCCGUGCGCCAUCCUCUUCUCACCGAUCUCCUCUUGCUCCUGGCCGAUCUGGACGUCGCCGGUGCAUGCGCCACCGUUAAUGGUACCGUAAUCCCCGGUCCCUAUUGGCGGAUGCAUGCUGUCGAUGGUGGCGGCAGUGCUGCUGCUGGCUGGGAGCAGGAACACUUGCACAACACUACCAAUACCAGUCCUACCCCUGUUUCCUUUACCGGGCGCGACCAGGUUCUAGCAGAGUUAACAGACGCCUGGGCUGGAUUGAUGGAGAUCCGAGCCUCGACCAGCAAGUUCGGCAAGGCAAAGGACGAAGACAUGCCUGUCGAACAGCAGGAUGUGGUCUUCGGUGACUUGCUCAACAGCCUUCUAGCUUGGAGGGCUAGUGCGCCGGAAUGCCUGAGGGUCUUGGGCCUGCUCGAUCUGAAUACUACUACUAGACCCACUACCAACAGCUGCCUCCCUUCUUAUCCAUAUCCGGAUCUACUAGCAUAUGCAGCUUGUCUCGAGGCUUACGAGAAAGCGACGGCCCUCCACCUCUACAAGAUCGUGGCGGCAGGCCGUCCAGAUCAACAAAUCAAUCUCGCCCAUCUGAAUCUCCUAGCUUGUCGGAUCCUAGAUCUGGUGGCCUUUCUCGCCGAUGGGGUUGGCCAAUUGGCCAUCCUGUGGCCCCUGUUCAUAGCGGGGCGUGAAGCCUGCGACUAUACCCAGCAGCUUGCUAUUCGAGAUAGGAUGAUUGGUAUGCAGCGAUUCGGCUUCAAGAACGUUGAACGUACCCUGGAGUCACUGGAAGAUUUCUGGUCGAGAAAGCGAGCCUUCCCCGGAAUCUGGAUCGAGAGCAUCAAUGAUUUGCGCUCGUCUGUUUUACUUUGA